AUGUCGGUGUUGAUUUUGUUGAUGGUUCUGUACUGCUGGACGGCAAAGAAAGGAGUGUCAACAAAACGAAGUGCCAUAUCAAAUGGGCCCAGACUCAAGGAGAGGCUAUCUGAGCGACCACUGCAUCAAGUUUAUGUGCAGUGUGUUGAGAAGGUCAGCAACCCCGCAGAGUCCUUCGCUUGGAUGAAGUCGACUGGCCAGAAAAGUAAGCCAAAGAAUUUAUACUCGACCCUGGACUCAAACCUGGACUUGAAGCCUUUCCUCAUGGCAGAAGAUGUCUCUCGUCGGUCCAAGCUUAUCCAGACUUUCUGGUUGUUCUGGGCCUUCAACCAUAGGGGCAUACAAACCAGUUUUCUUGGCCCAACUCUCCUGGACCUGCAGCUUCUCCUCCAGAAGGACCUGAAUGCCCUGUCCUAUCUUUUCUUUGCCUGUGGUCUGGGGUCUAUGUUAGGAGCUUUGGCUGCUGGCGUCCUGGCCUCCAGGUUUGAUCUUCGUCUGCAGCUGUUCCUCAGCCUGAUGGUAGGAUCUGCGUCACUAGCGGCCAUCCCGCAGGUUCAUCAUAUCGUCUACGUGUACAUCAUGGUCUUCGUGACGGGCACCACCAGUGGGCUGGUUAUCUGUUUUGUGAUGCUUCUGUGCGGAGAGCUGUGGGAAAGGAAAGGACCGCCGUUCCACUUUGUUGCCUGUGGAAUGUCAACAGGUGCCAUCAUAGCUCCACUAAUUGCCAAAACAUUCCUCAGCUCGCGUCAGCCAGUUCGGAGCGACUCUUUUUCUAACCUGACUAACGCCUUGUCAGUCAAUGCAACCAGCAUCGGCACAGUAUUGGUAUCCAUCAUUUCCCAGCAGGAUAAGCAGGAUGAAGACACUCGAGUACAAUGGGCCUUCUUUGUUAUUGGCUGCUGUAUUCUUCCUGCUGGUCUGUCCCAGUUGUACUAUUGGUUGGUUUACCGAAGUGAGGGAACUAAAAAGAAAACCGAGUCUUCAGAGUACACAGAGCUGAAUCACCACCAACUGUUCAAGUGGAAACCAAUUUUUGUAGCCUUCUACGUUAACUUGUUUGUUAUGUACUUCCUCAUUAGCGCCCUCCCGGUGACUUACUCCUCCAUCCUGACCGUGUAUGGUGUUCAAGGGCCAUUGCACAUGGCCAAGGCUUACAUGCUGACAAUGACUUCAUUAUUCUUCAUUGGAUCACUUUCCUCGAGAAUCAUAAAGUUUGGCUGA